AUGACUCGACGACGACCAAAUCCUCGUGAAGUGUCGAUGUUCCUCCUGUCGACGACGCAUGCCAUUGACAGUCCGGCGAACAGUAUGCUGAUGCAGUUUGGACAAUUCCUCUCUCACGACAUCACGAAGAACGCUCUAGCGAACGUUUGCACGUGCCAGAUGGCUUCACCUCGUUGCGCCAAUGUUCCUCGUCCUCCUACCGACGACAUGUAA